AUGCCGGAAAGACUAUCGGCGGGCGGUGACAAUUUCGAGACUGACGACAAGAUUUUUCGAACUGCAACUUCUAAAGUAAACAUUUAAAAAAAAAAGAUUUUAGGCCGGAAAGUUGAAAAAUUUAGAAUUUCCUUCUCGUCUACAUUUUAUGGAACACGAUUUUAGCCAUCGUAUUUUUAUCUUUGAAUUUAUGGUGAUCUCGUGGUGAAAACGAAAAGUAAGAACAUUUUUGCAGCACUGAAAAAUCGAUAAGUAUCAUUUUCGCUCUUCCAUUUGUAAGUUGAAGUUCAAAUUUGAUCCCUAAAAAAUUAUUCAAAAGUUAUUCAGAUCGGCACAGUGUUCGUGUUCGUUUUUGCGCUCAAAAUGAAAUCCAAACUAAUCUUCGGAAUUUUCGCAGUUUAUACAGUAUUUUCGCAGUUUUUGAACCUGCAAUUUCUGAAAAGUUCAGAUAAUUUCGCUUUCGAACACUUUUUUCAAAAUGUGCAUGGGUUUGAGUGAUGGCGACUGGUUUGAGCGGUGUUUUUGUGAGCCGACUCGGAAUUGUUCUCAAAAAUUCACCAAAAAAGUUGCAGACGGUCCGAUCGAAUCGUUUCAAUCGAUAAUCACAAUUUUGCACUCGAUCUUCCAAGUUCUCAUAGCAUUCGUCCUGAUUCGAAUGAGUUUCUGGUGAUUUUUGAAAUCCCUCCGAGCCAAUUAUCGAUUUUUUGCAGGGAAAUGGACGCCAGUUGUUGUUGCUGUAAUUGCUGCUUUUUCUGCUGUUGCUGCUGUCCGUGUUUCGACGAAAAACGACAGAAUUUAAAAAGUCCGAGUCUGAUCGAAUAA